AUGAAUCGUCCAGCUAGACCGCGUGAUCGCAAAGAGUACGAAGUUGGUCAGGUACGCUGGACAUACAUCGUCGAGACUAGUUCUGAUCCCGGCCUGAUCAACAACGGCGGUGAUCAGGCAAUCCGGACUAGCGAGGGCCUGAUGCUAGGAAAAUGGCGCCCCACAGUGGUCGUUCGUGUAGACAAACAAUACUGUGUAGUCGCAGAGCUGGGUCGUCGACGUCGCCAGUAUCUUGACGGACUCUCACUGAGUGACCUUCUGGGCCGCUGUGGCGUCGCUCUGGACCUCAACUACAGCCACGACUACGAUACUCUUUCCGAAGAUCAUCUCUUGUUCCGCUCUGUCGCAAAACCGCUCGAAAUUGGUGGCUACGAGGAUGACGACUUCCAACUAUCAGGGUGGAGUGUAGUACAGCCAGGUCGUCUCCAUACCCUAGGAUUCGACGACCAUUCCCUUCCAUGCGGCUGGCUAAAGGCGGAAUCGACAGAGCAGUUGUUGGCAAUGCAGGCACAGAUGUCUAGAUUGCGAGCGAUUGUAGAAUCGCGAUACGACCGAAAAUUCCUGCGAGCGCCGCUUCCCUCCAGGCUGACUCCAGAGCAGCGAACAGCGCUAUCACACAUCAAGGAUGAAUAUCGACGACUACUUUCUCCUCCCGCCCAGGCAACUAGUACCUCCUCGGGACAGACAUCAAACCAACAAGAUGAUCUCGAAGAGUUUGAAGCGCUGGUGGAGGGCAACCGUCGCGCUAUCGAGGCAGCUAACGCACCACCUCUGGUGGCUAGUGAGCCUGUUGAGUCCAUAUUCUCCAUCCCCGACAAUGGCCGCGGCGUAUCACCCUCUUCAAUAAUACAGAAAGCGAAAUCUGUUUCUCAUGCAAACUGGAAGUCUGCAGCAGCAGCUGUUUGCCAGAAGGAGGAUAUGCUUUACCAGGCGAAAGAGGAGUAUGAGACGGUCGAAGCUGAUCGGUGGUCAACUACUGGCGAGCGGAGGAACCUAAAGCGCAAGCGGGACGAUGUCGAGAUGGAACUUGAAAUUGCACAAGUUCGUGAAAUGAGCUACAAGAAGCUUCACAGGGACGUCAGAAGUUUCCAGGCGAGCCAGUACCGUGGCCAGGACAAGGAGAUAAAGUUGUGCAACACUCUGACAAGCGCAUUUUCGAGGGCCCAGCUAGAGACUCGCAGGGCCAAGAACCGUCUUGAUCAACGUCGGCGCACUCCACUCCCUUAG